GUCACCGACGGUAACUGGGACACCGCGGGCCGACGCGAUUCCUAGUUUCGGGCGCGAUUAAAAGCCCCGCGUUCCUCUCUCGGUGCUGAAGACGCGGUGCACGCGAGGGAAUGAAUCCGUCUCGGUGUGCGCCUUGAGGAGUGCAAGGACGAAGCAAGUCACUCGACGGGAGAUCGUGUCGGCCGCGCUCUCUCUCUUCCACCGCGUCGGGGAACUUCGGUCGUAGAUCGCGCGCUCUCUCGUUCCACGAGCUGCGGUUUUAGAUAUCAGCCGGUGAGAUCGGUCCCUCCACCCUCGUCGUUGAUCCCCGAAGCGGCUAAAGCGCGCUGUUGUUAAUUCAGCAGCGUUCAGCACCGUCCGACACGCGGAACCAUUCGGGACAACCCUUCCGUUGUCCCUUAGUAAAGCGGCAAACCACUUAAUGCGUUCGAUAAAGGGAAGUGCGUGCACACGCAUGUACACACCGCAUACGCACACGCAUACGCACACCGACGCGGGCCACCGCCGCGCGAAUCCGUUAGAUGUAUAUAUAUACGAGUACAUGUUGCAGAUCUAUUUAAAUACAUCUCUUAUAUAGAUGCAUAUAUAAAUAUUAUAUAUGUGUGUUGAACCUUCAUAGAUCUAAAUCACGACGUUGAAGAGUUACAUAGUAUAUGACGUUACGCGAUUCUCGAUAAUCAAAUAUCGACAAUUCUCGAUACAGGCACGGAAGGUGCGAUUGUGUAGGUCACGCGUUAGAAAAGGUGACGCUCGAAACGGCAGGAAUUUCUUGCGACGACAGGCAAGAAAACGAGAGAGAGAGAGAGAGAGAGAGAACCGCGCGGGCGGGAAAACAAAACGAAAAGCGGUUAUUUGUUGUGCGAGUGUGGGAAAAGGCGGAAACACUUGAAGUACCGUGAGACUCGAGCGGUCGUUUCUCUGUAUAUACACGUGUGUUAACGAGUCGGAAACUUGAACACAGUCCUUGUCGAUCAGCGGUGCGGCUGGAUCGAGGAAACUGCCACGAGACAUUUGCCAAUUACGUUAGAGAGAAAUACAAAUAAAUCACGGGAAGAGAAGGGGCAGAAAAUAACAGAGAGGAAAAAGAACCACGAGGAUACGAGAAGGAGACGAAACGAAGAGUGACGAAUUUCCCCUCUACUUCUCCAUCGUCGUCAAUACGCGCGCGCGCGCGCGAGUACUCGCGCGAGUCCACGGUGCUCAACUAGAUACUUAAGUACAAAGACACGCGGGCGUGGAAAUUAUUUUUCUCUCGGUCGAGGUGUGCAUCCCACUUACGUUUAAUACACGCAGACGUACGCCGUACGAAAUAAGCGUAUCGAGUCUGUCCACGGAUCUCCCGGGUGCGAGAAGCGCCCGGACUCUCCUCAAUCUACCUCAGCGCGCGACUAUCGGCAUUGCGAAUUCAGUCCCCUCUCCCCCGCUUUCUCGAGCGCAUCCUCGGACGAUCGCCGAGAGUAAGAGAAUCGAACACAGUCGCUCGGCGAGUCGUCCAACUGAAAGUCCUAGAAACUUAAAGAGAGAGCCCGAUCGACGCGUCGCCGCAUUCCUCGAGGACGAGACGACGUCGCAUCUCGCGAAUUAGCGUCUCCUGGGCCCCCGGCAAGUGCGUCGUCUCUCUUUCCCGUAAGAUUCGCGUCUCCGGCUGUGUGAACUCUCGUGAGAUGAUCGUCGGCGAUCGAACGGGCGCGCGCGAAUCUUGAUCGCUGCUCGAUCCUCGCGAGAGCAGCCGCUGCGGUCGUGGUGCGCGCGCUAGACAGAACUCGAUACCUCAGCAACGUAGCACAGCGGUUCGGGUAUCUGUCCUCGGGAUCGAUCGCGAAUGCGGCCGAUUAGGGCCUCGAGCCGACGCACGUUGCAUCGGGUUGUUUCGGCGCGAUCGCGCGUUGCGACGUUCGCCAAGCAAGGAAGUGAUAUGCCCUGUCUCACGCGGGUGCGCGAGCGGGACGAUGCUGACGGCUGCGAGAGAUGAGAUUAGAGCACCGGGAAGAGAAAGCGCGAAGAAAACGCCGCUGCACCACGGGGCAGAGGGAAGAAGCCGCUCAGCCAAGGAAGACGCACAGCCAUGUCAUGGGAGUCUAUUUCGUCCAGGUAUUACCUCGGAUCGGCGAGUCAUCAGCUCUCGGCGACCGAGCUGCUGGGUAGCCCCGAUGGAUCGAGGCAUCCGCUCGACGUUUGCGACUUCUCCGAAGAGGAUUACCGAAAUCAGAACGGCAACGGUAGUAACGGCCAUUACCAAAAUGGUAGGUCGGGCACUGGUAUUUGGGAGUGUCUCAUAGGCUGCAGGAAACGGCUCGAUCAACAAUUAGCUCGAAGGAGAGUGGAGCAAGGUCUGAAAUUGUACCGGGCUCAUAAACAACAGGCCGCGGUUAGAAAAUGGAGGGGCGCAUUGAAGAGCAUCAGACACCGCGAGGAUAAAUUCACUCUUCUAGGAUAUCUGUAUCAGGCGUAUAUGGAUUGGGGCAAAUACAGGGACAGCAUCGAGUUCGGUCACAAGCAAUUAUGCAUUUCGGAAGAGUUGGACUCGCCGAAUAUGCGGGCGGAAGCGUAUUUGAACUUAGCCAGAGCACACGAGAGGUUAGGUGCCCUGGAUAGAGCGUUAGAUUACGCCCGACACAGCUUGUAUAACGAGUGUGAUCAGUGCGCCACAGCUGGAUUAGUUCACUUAACCGUAGGCAGAGUCCACUUAGAGCUAGCGGGAUUCUGCAAAGCCUUGGAAGCGUUUCAGAGAGCCCACAAAAUCGCCCACUCCAUUCAAGAUCCCUCCUUAGAACUGCAGGUAUAUGUCGGCCUGUCGGAGCUCUACUGUAGGUUACAGGACGCGGACAAGAGUGCGCGAUACGCGGCGAGAGCUUACGAUCUCUCCAGAAGUUUACAGCUGGGAGAUCUGAAUUCCCGUCAUCACAGGGCGGCGUUAUUACAGAUGGCCGCGGCGCUGCGGAAAAAGGGCGAGCUAGGCGACGCUCACGAUUACUGUUCGGAAGCGACGCGGCUGUCGCUAGUUUCCGGCGAUCAAGCCAGUUAUGCCCGAAGCAUCCGUAUUAUGGGAGACAUUUACAGGAAGAAGUCCGACAUAAAUAUGGACAUAUUGCAGAAAGCGUUUCGACAGUACGAGAGCGCGAUGGGCUCGGCAGCCGCGACCGGUGAUCGGCUGUGUCAGAUGGAAGCGAUGGACGGCGCGGCGAGAUGCCUGGAAGCUCUCAGGCUCCAGCACAAGAUAUGCAACUGUAGACCCCUCGAGUUCAAUACCAGGCUCCUGGAGGUGGCGGGAUCGGUCGGCGCCAAGCUCUUGGUGCGGACAGUUAGAUCCAGACUGUCGCGAAUCUACGGGUCUUUGGGAGAUGAGGAGCAAAAAGGACAUCAUGAGAGACUGGCGACCGCGAUGGAGGAAGAUCUCGAGUUACGAUGCGGAAGUUGUAAUGAACCCUUCGGUCUGGAAGCUGAUUCCCUGGAAGCGCUACCUUGCUCUCACAUAUUACACGCUAGAUGCGCGUACGACAUCUUGAAAAGACGCGACAAGAAGAAAAAACGUUUAUGUCCCGACUGCCACAAAUCUGUCAGCUCACGACUGUACCUGCAUUGCGAGGAUCCUCACGGCAUGAAUACUUUAAAUCAUAGUUCCUUGAGUCUGGCGUCACUGAGGGCCAGCAGCCUAGCAACACUUGAGGACUGUCACGCAACGAGUAGCGUUUAAAAAACACAAUGGAUUACGUUUAUUUUAACGCGUUGGCAUCCGCAUGCGAUUAGAUAAUUUUAAGGGUCAUAAUUUGGAUGAGGAGAAAAAGAGCCAACGGAAAGUAGUACGAUGCAAAGAGAUUUAAUGGCAAUAAAGAGUGCACGCCUCGAAA